CUUGGGGUUCGACACGCAGGGAUCGGCGGUCGACGUUUAGACAACUAGCCUACCACGUUAGCUACAGUACAGUCAUUGAAUACCGAAUGCUCCUCUUACUGUCUGCCGUUUCCGGGUUUGUGGUUAGUAGGUUCAUUCGUUUUUGUUGCAACAGUCAGCCUGUAGCGGCACAGGCAAAGCGGUGGGGGGAGACCUAAAAUUAUGGGUAUCAUCGCAAACAAAGAUAUGACAGCGGGUCUCUUUCUGUUUGGGAUGGUCCAGUGAAUAAUUUAAAGCAUUUCACGUAUUAUAGUCAAAUUGACAAAGAAAAUAUAUUGGACACGACUGACAAGCUUAGCCUACAUCAGAAUGACACUGCAGGCUAUAAAACCUGGUAAUCUGGUACACCGCGGGAUAGCCCGGGCAAAGGAAUCGGAUGACUAACUAGUAGUUGAACGUCAUUGUGCUGAAACAGGGUUUAUUUGAUUUACAUCACCAUACACCUUGUAGGGGAGGGAUUCUCACCUCUCAAACAUCCCUUGACUUGCAAAAAACAAGAUCAAGUUAACGAAUUGCCCAUGUCAAGUAGUUAUGUCUGAUACAACAGCUGAAAUCACCAAACGACUAGCAGAAACAUAAUUUAGAACGCGCUGUGAACCAUUUUCACCUGAUUUUAAUUAGUCUACCAAUCACCUACACCUGAUUUCAAUUAACAAUUAAUUAUCAGCUAUAAAGGCUAAACAAACUAACUCCUACUCCAGACCGUUUCAAAUCAAGCUAACGUUCAGCGUCCUAUCAAGUUUAAUAAAAUGGGAAAAGACAAAACCCACAUUAAUGUGGUGAUCAUAGGCCAUGUCGACAGCGGAAAGUCUACAACCACCGGACACCUCGUUUACAAAUGCGGUGGCGUAGACCCACGAACGAUUGAGAAAUUUGAGAAGGCUGCGGCCCAGAUGGGCAAGAGCUCCUUCAAAUACGCUUGGGUUUUGGACAAACUAAAAGCUGAAAGGGAACGAGGUAUCACCAUUGACAUUUCCUUGCUUAAGUUCAACACUCAGAAAUACACUAUAACGAUAAUUGAUGCUCCUGGCCAUCGGGACUUCAUCAAGAACAUGAUUACCGGGACGUCACAGGCUGAUGUUGCAGUUUUGGUUGUUUCCGCUGCCAAAGGCGAGUUCGAAGCUGGCAUCUCAAGGAACGGCCAGACCAGAGAGCAUGCUUUGCUUGCAUACACCCUUGGCGUAAAGCAAGUGAUCGUCUGCGUGAAUAAGAUGGACCUAACGGAACCGCCAUACUGCCAGAAGCGUUACAAUGAGGUGGUCCGCAGCGUGUCAAUGUUCCUCAAGAAGAUUGGCUAUGAACCCUCCACGGUCCCUUUUGUUCCCGUUUCAGGAUGGACUGGGGAAAACAUGCUCACCCCGUCUCAAAAGAUGUCCUGGUUUAAAGGAUGGAAAGUGAGAAGGAAGGAGGGCAACGCAAAUGGGAAAACUCUGCUGGAGGUUCUUGACUCUGUCCACCCCCCAGUACGCUCGGCCACCAAACCCUUGCGCCUACCCCUGCAAGAUGUCUACAAGAUUGGCGGAGUGGGCACUGUUCCAGUGGGCAAGAUUGAGACCGGAGUCCUCAAGCCUGGCAUGGUGUUGACCUUCUCCCCUGCUAAGCUUACUGCGGAGGUUAAGUCCAUCCAGAUGCACCACCAGGGUCUGGAGACGGCACUGCCGGGCCACAACGUGGGCUUCAACAUCAAGAACGUGGCGGUGAAGAACCUUCGGCGCGGAGAUGUGGCCGGCAACGCCGUGCACGACCCUCCCUCUGAUGUCAGCAGCUUUGUGGCGCAGGUGAUUAUACUGAACCACCCCGGUAAGAUCAAGAUGGGCUACUCGCCUGUUCUGGACUGCCACACAACCCAUGUGACCUGCCGCUUCGCUGAGCUGCAGGAGAAGCUGGACAGGCGCACAGGAAGGAAGCUGGAAGACUCCCCACAGGUCCUGGUGUCUGGGGAUGCUGCCACCAUCAGGAUGGUCCCCAACAGACCUCUCUGUGUGGAGAGCUUCUUUGCCUUUCCUCCUUUAGGCCGGUUUGCUGCCAGGGACCUAAAGCAGACGGUGGCUGUAGGAAUAAUCAAGUCUGUGGAGAAGGACCAAGGAUCAAAGAAGCUUGCAAGAAAAGCCCAGUCUUAAAACGUAUUACUUUAUGUACCAGUCUGCUGGUAUGGAAAAGCGAUGAUGUAUCUUUAAGUUAAGUAUUUAUAUAAUUUGUGUUGCAACACGAGUACUUUUAGUUUUUUGGAUGAAGCGGCUUUUUAGAUGGGUCUGUAAGGACUAAAUAAUAGCCUAUUUCUGUUUUAGGUUAAGUGCGAUGAAGACUGUGAAAAGAGCUUUAAACUAAAAUAAAAAUCCAUUGACUUGAA